AUGAUCUCAGGAUACCAACAGCCCUCACAAAGCACUACAGCACAACGGCUAUCGCAGAAUGAGUCGCACGGUGGAGGUUACAUUUUGCUUCGACAGGCAAGCCCUACUGGAGGUCAAACAACCAUUCGUUUAGUGAGCACAGCUCCUGGUGGAGGUGAAAAUGCGAAUCGAAGUGGGACAACAUCCAAUCAAUCACAAAAAGCUGCAACGGGAUCGUCAACAAGUGCUUCACGGCCACAACGCGUCCAUAUUGUUCACGCACCGACUUCUUCAUCUUCUCAGUUUGUUCAAAAAGUUCCUCAAGAAGGAGUGACUGUAACUGCCAGUGGCAGCGCCGGAAUGGUCGGAAACGUUAAAAAAGACACACUGACGAUGGUGGUGGAUCCGAGUUCUUAUUACUCCAAUGGUGCACAGAAGAUGUACAGACUAGUUAACGUGUCCGAUUUGGAUUCAGGUGUUCACCCUCCACCUCGAAAACGCAUAGCUGUCAUGCAGAAACAGCCCGGACAGAAUACAGCUGUGGCUGGUGAAUCUUCUUCGUUAGGAUCCACAAGAACUUCGAGUGUCACUGGUCCCCGAGGUCAGCUCGGAGACGAUAUCAUCAUCGAUGAUGGAAUAGAAGAACGAACUGUUGUUAUUGAACAGCACGAUUCUGAUUCUCGGUAA